AAAACAAUUGAGCUUGACGAUGUUACCUUCCAUCAAUGUGUAAACUUGACGAGGUUUAAUUCAGAGAAGACUGUCAGUUUUGUGCCACCAGAUGGGGAAUUUGAAUUGAUGAAGUACCGAAUCACUGAGGGCGUGAAUCUUCCUUUCCGUGUGCUGCCUACUAUUAAGGAACUUGGUAGAACACGAAUGGAAGUAAAUGUGAAGGUGAAGAGUGUCUUUGGGGCCAAAAUGUUUGCACUUGGGGUCGUCAUUAAAAUUCCAGUGCCGAAACAAACUGCUAAAACAAGCUUUCAAGUUACGUCCGGUCGAGCAAAAUAUAAUGCUGCUAUUGAUUGCUUAGUGUGGAAGAUAAGGAAAUUUCCUGGGCAAACUGAACCAACAAUGAGUGCAGAGGUUGAGCUGAUUUCCACAAUGGCAGAAAAGAAGUCAUGGACAAGGCCACCAAUUCAGAUGGAGUUUCAGGUUCCAAUGUUUACUGCAUCUGGCUUGCGCGUCCGUUUUCUCAAGGUGUGGGAGAAGAGUGGAUACAACACAGUUGAGUGGGUUCGCUAUAUCACGAAAGCCGGUUCAUACGAAAUUAGGUGCUAAAAACUUUGGAUUGCCGUUGCGGGACUUUGGAUUCCUGAGGUUGGAGACUUAUAUAUUUGAUUGAUACUCAACGAGAAAAUUGUUGCAAGACUUUGCCUUGUUAACAAUAUAAAACGAUUAGGCAUUUUUUUGUUGGAUAUAGUGUUUUGUCGAUAUGUUUGUGCAAUUAUGCUUAAUUACUUAUGUUUGAUGUUCUGUUGUAAAUGCUAGUUCCAUUUUCUCUUACAACUGGUGAUAUGAGCAUUUAUUCUUUCCUUUC